AUGUUCAGGAGGGUACUUUGUUUUCUCUUCCUAUUCAGUGUAACUUGUCGUGCCAAGAAAAUUCAUCGCUGCGAUAAACUCCCUUCUUGCGGCAAUUUAGAAAACAUUUCCUAUCCCUUUGGUAUAGAAGGAGACCCAAAUAAUUGCGGCGACCCUAACUAUCUUCUGACCUGUGAGAAUAAUAACACAGUAUUAAGACUCCAUUCCGGGAUAUACUACGUGCAGGCAAUCCAUCAUGAUGAUCAAACCAUCCGUGUUGUUGAUGCUGGUUUGCAACAGGGAAAUUGCUCCUCCCUCCCUCUUUUUCCUUCAAUCUUUGAUGGCUUUUCCCAUUAUUUACAUGGACUUCGAUUUGAUUACCACGCUCCCUAUCAGUUGAGGUCGUCAGAGAAGGUGACGUUUAUGAAUUGUGAGAAUCCAGUUAACUCUCCUCUCUUUGUGGAGACAGCACCUUGCGUUGAUGGAGUUUAUACUACAAAGUAUUCAUCUGGCACCCGCAACAAGAACAAGUAUUCAUAUUCAUAUGUUGUGUUUGGAGAGAUGGAGUUGGCAGAGAUUCCAGAUUUGUGCAGGGUGGACUUGAUAGUCGCAGUGUCGUCGAUAAAAUGCGACAAAAACUGCUCCUACUUAGACAUCUUCGAGCAGCUGCUACAUGGGUUUGAACUUUCCUGGCAUCAUAUUUAUUGCAAAGAGUGCAAAGGAAACGGUUACUGCAUAUUCAAUCGCGAUUAUUCCGAGGUUUUAAUAUGCUCUUAUGUUCCAUAUAAUGUCAUUUGGUUCCUGACGGCCAUUUUUCUUUGUUUAUCUCUCUUCCUUGCAUUAAGAUGUGUAUGUGGCACGCCAUGCAUCUUCAUAUUCUUAAUCAUAAAAUGGCGAAGGAGACAUUUAUCAAUGUACGACACGAUUGAAGAUUUUCUUCGAAGCCACAAUAAUCUGAUGCCCAUCAUGUACUCUUAUUCAGACAUCAAGAAGAUGACUAAAGGUUUCAAGGAUAAGUUAGGUGAGGGAGGCUACGGCACAGUGUACAAAGGAAAACUUGCAAGUGGGAGAAUUGUGGCUAUAAAAAUAUUGGGCAAGUCCAAAGCCAAUGGACAAGAAUUCAUCAAUGAAGUUGCUACGAUUGGGAGAAUUCAUCACAAAAAUGUUGUGCGGCUUAUUGGAUUUUGUGCUGAGAGAUCUAGGCGAGCUCUCGUGUAUGAAUUCAUGUGCAAUGGAUCUCUUGAGAAGUACAUAUUUUCAGGGAAACAACAAGUUGGUUUAACUUGCGAAAAAAUGUAUGAAAUUUCUUUGGGAAUUGCUCGUGGAAUUGAAUAUCUUCAUAGAGGAUGUGACAUGCAGAUUUUGCAUUUUGAUAUUAAGCCUCACAACAUUCUGCUCGAUGAGAAUUUCAUGGCGAAAGUUUCAGAUUUUGGACUUGCAAAACUAUAUUCAACAGAAGAUAGCAUUGUGUCUCUCACAGCACCAAGAGGAACAAUGGGCUAUAUGGCUCCAGAGUUGUUUUACAAGAACAUUGGAGGUAUAUCUUACAAAGCUGAUGUUUAUAGUUUUGGAAUGUUGUUGAUGGAAAUGGCAGGGAGAAGGAAGAAUUUGAAUGCAUUUGCAGAGCAUUCAAGCCAAAUUUACUUCCCUUCAUGGGUUUAUGACCAGAUAUUGAUUGCAAAAGACAUAGAAAUUGAAGAUGCAACAGAUGAGGAGAAGAAAAUAAUAAAGAAAAUGAUGAUAGUAGCAUUAUGGUCCAUACAAAUGAAGCCUGGUGAUCGUCCCUCUAUGGGCAGAAUUGUGGAGAUGCUUGAAGGAGAAGUUGAGUCUUUGCCAGUGCCUCCUAAGCCUUUUCUUACUCCAGAAGAGCUGCAUCAACUGAAUGUUGAAAUCAACAUGAAUGCACCAACAUUGCCAAAUUCACCAAAGGAGAGUGCAAAUUCUGAAAAUGCAGCAGUAAAUUCAACCUGACUUAUUAUCUGACAAAUUUCAUAUUGCAGUGCAAUUUAGGUUGUUGCUCUUUUCCUGCGUUUAGUAAGACAUAACAUCACUAUGGUUUAGCUUAGUAUGCAAUACUACAUACAUACUAGUUGUUGUGAUAGUGGCAUUAGAGAAGUGCUAAAUUAUCUUUUUGAGGUGACACUCUUAUCUCCUAUGAAAUUGAUAAUUUCAAUCUCA